UAUUAAAGCAAUAUUUUUGAAAAAUAUAUAUAAAAAUUGGUAUUUUUGUUUAAGUAAAACUUAUUAGCAAUUUGUGUACAUUAUUGGUUUUUUCUAGAUUUGUUAUACAUACAAAAUGACUUCUUGUUCACAAAAUAAUGAAUACGCAGUGGUCCGUUUUUUAUCGGACUGUACAUACUCAGAAGUGCCAAAAAAAAUGGCUUAUUAAAAAUGUCGAGAGUUUUAUGUGCUGGUGGCCACCACGAUAUUCAAACACUGCAACGUUAAUCGCGAAUUGCGUAAAUCCUAAUUACGACUUGUGGAAUAAAUAUGAAGUAGAGGUAGUAAAAUAUUGUUCUUCUCUUGAAUCAACGCGAAAAAACGCAGCAGACGAACUGCAGACGACCACACGACAGAUGAGGAACGAUUUGGCCGAAGCAAAAGGCAGCACGUUCCUUAUCAACCAUAUACAACAACAUCCGACAAAGACUGUAAAAAGCAAAAAGAGUACGAGAGUACUGCAAGAAACAAAAAAAAACGAUUGCAAUCAAAUUCAAUUAUGUCAAAAAUACCAUCAUAUCCAGACAAUUUUGGAUCAAUUGUACAAGAUGGUACUGGCAAAACUACACCUACAGAAUUAACUCCAAAAGAAGUAAAUCCACUGAUUAUUCGUGAAUGUUUACCAGACAUGCAAGAUGUAUCUGAACAAGAAUUCAAUAUACCUAUAAUAAUAGAAGGUAUACUAUAUUAAAAUCGACAAAACUAAAUUUUAGCAGUAAUAUUACAUAAUUAAAACUAUUUUAGAUUCUGU